AUCAAAGUGAACAACAGUAGUCAUUUCGAGCACGAUGGCUUAAAAAAGAAGAAAAUGCGCAGACCGAUGCGCCUUAUUAGACUCGCGUUGUAUAUGCUUAAACUUAGCAAAGCUAGCAAAUCAAAAAGUGACCCUGUCAAUGAGACCUCCAGAUGGAAGAAGUUUGUGGGUUCCAUGCGCCCAUUGCACUUGCAAAGACACCAAUCUCCACCGCGAAUCAUGGAGGCUAUACCGACGCCUUCAGCAAUCAUCUCGGCCGGUGAACAACCGGAGGUUUAUAAGGCACCUAUAUCUCCAGCUUAUACAAGCGCAACUUCAUCCUCGAAUGGAAUGAGCCAAUAUGAAUCGGCAACGAAUCUGCAGGAGCUUGAUCAGCUGGAUAAAAGCGAGGAAAAUGACGAAGACAAUGGUUUUGAUAAUAAAGGUGGGGAUGAGAUGAUAGACGUCAAGGCUGAGCAGUUCAUCGCGCAAUUUUAUCAACAAAUGAGGCUUCAAAAUGAGACUUUCAAGAAGACUAGGAAAUGAUUGAGGUUGUAUAGAUGAUACACGUAUGCAUGGAGGGA